GACGUUUUUCCUGCCGUGCCCAUCGUGGUCAGACCCAACUGGUUCAGGCCUUUGCAUGUUUGUAUGAUGAAUGUAACCGUAUUAAGUAUGUCAGCAGUUCUCCUCCAUACAACUUUAGUGUAGAUGCUCUAGUUGAAUAGUAACAAUUUAUACUAGCCCUUUUAGGACCUGAUCUUGUGUCUGUGAAAUCAAUGUCAAAAUUUCCAUUGACCUCAGUGCUUCAGGGUCCCUAAUAGAACGGUUAACAUUUAUUUUUAAACGUUUAGGUUAAUAAUAGUUUCCUGUACUAUAUUUAGUUUGCGGAACGUCGGCACAUUUCAUUUUUAUUGUAAUAGUUAUUAAUUGAUAUGAGCACUUAUAGGGCCCCGAAGACAUGGUUAGUGAGGGGUAUGGACUAUUCCUGAAUGUGGUGAAAACAUAAUGAAUGUAUCUUGACGCAGCUAACAAAACCAGGAUGUAAGCAGACAUUGCGACCAACGGACAAGCUGUAGAGGGAGUUGAAUUAUAGGGGAUCCUAUAUAGCCAGCAAAGGAGGCUGUUCCAAAGAAACAAGAAGAAGAGUAGGGAUGGUGUGCUUAGCUAUGACCCCCUUCGAAACUAUGGAAAAGCUAUAGCAUCUUGAAAUGUAAGAAGGUGCAAAUGGUGAAAAGCCUAAUUUUUUUUUAGCCAUUUAUGGAUGUGAAAUUAAUACUCCUGAUAAGAAAAAACUGAAGCUUUUGAAAUGUGGGUGCUGGUGAAGACUCUUGCACAUCUCCUGGAUGGAAAAAAAAAAGAUGAAUGUCCUGUGUUGGAGGUAAAAUCAUGCCUAACCAACUCUGGAAAGAGUGGAUCAUCUACCUGGUCAUAACGGCAAAUCUUUCUGAAGAAAAAGCCACAACGCAGGUGUGUCCUUCCUGUGACGGCACUCAUUUCUGUGACUGUUCUUCAAUGAAUUUAAGCACCAUUCCUUCAGGGCUAACAACUGAUAUCACGGGGCUAAAUCUCUCCUGCAACAGCAUAAAAUAUAUCAGAGAAACUGAUCUGCUGCUAGGUGUGAAUCUGAGAGUGCUGCUGCUGCAAUCUAAUCAAAUUUGGACAAUAGAUAAGGAAUCAUUUAUUUUCCUUGGAAAAUUGGAGCAUUUGGAUUUAUCAAAUAAUAAGUUGACUCACUUGUCACCCAUUUGGUUUAGACAUCUUUUUUCCUUACAAAUCAUAAACAUACGGGGUAAUUUAUAUACAACAUUGGGGGAGAAUCCCUUGUUUUCUAAUCUCAAAAAUUUGAGAUAUCUGCACCUGGGGAAUAACCAAUCCUUUUCUGCUAUACAGAAGCAAGACUUUGAUGGAAUUACAGUUCUUGAGCAACUUGAGAUUGACGGUCAAAGGCUCAAGCAAUACGAGUCAGGGAGUUUGACAACAGUUAACAGCAUAAAUCAUGUCAUCAUGAACAUAAAUGAUGUUCAGGUGUUAUCAGGGAUGUUAGAGGAUCUUACAAAUUCUGCAAUAUGUGUAGAACUGAGACAUAUAGCCUUCAAUACAGCUUCUGAAUCUUCAUUACUGGAGCCAAUGAGUCGUUCUGUCAUGGAGAAACUUGUGUUUAAAAAUGUUUUGUUUACAGACGCAAGCACUGGCAAAAUGUUAAACAUCUUGGUGCACGCUGAGCAAUUGUUGGAGCUGGAGCUGGACAAUUGUGUACUGCAGGGAACGGGACGCUGGCAAGACCCAAUUAAAAUAAAGAGAAAAAGCCCCAUGGAAGUCGUGACAAUACGGAGAUUAACUAUAGAAAAAUUUUAUUUGUUUUCAGAUCUUAGCAGUUUGAAAAAUCUUAUAGGUAACAUUACCAAAAUCACAGUUGUAAAUACCAAAGUCUUCUUGGUGCCUUGCAGCAUUUCAAGACAUUUUUCCUCACUCCUUUAUCUUGAUCUCAGUGAAAAUUUGCUUGCAGAUCCAAAUUUAGGACAUUCAUCCUGUGAGGGUGCAUGGCCCUUGCUGCAAACUUUCAAUUUAAGUCAAAAUUCAUUGGGUGAUUUAGAAAUGACAGGUCGAAGUCUAUCUCAUCUAAAACACCUUACUCACCUAGAUAUUAGCCAAAACAAUUUUGGUGAGAUUCCAGAAUCGUGUCAAUGGCCAGAAAACCUGAAAUAUUUAAAUAUCUCAGGCACUCAAAUACCCAAAGUAACAACCUGCAUUCCUCAAACUCUUGAAGUUUUGGAUGUUAGUAGUAAUAACCUCAAUGAUUUUAGAUUAAAGCUACCACAUCUUAAAGAACUCUACAUUGCAAAAAACAAAUUAAAGACCUUGCCAGAUGCUCCAUUUAUUCCUAACGUAGUAGCCCUGAGAAUCAGCAGAAACAAAUUAACCAGUUUUUCUAAGGAAGAGUUUGGAUCAUUUAGGAAAAUGGAGACACUGGAUGCUGGUGACAAUAAUUUCAUCUGUUCUUGUGAAUUUCUCUCCUUCAUUCAAUACCAGGAGGGAAUAGCUAAUGUCUUGGCUAACUGGCCAGAAAACUACAUCUGUGACUCUCCGUCUUCUGUGAGAGGACAGCAGGUAAAAGCUGCUCGGCUUUCGCUGUUUGAAUGUCACAGAACUUUGGCCGUGUCCUUAAUUUGCAUUCUGGUGAUCUUGGUAAACCUGCUUAUUGUGAUCCUGGGCUACAAACUUCAUGUGAUCUGGUACAUGAAAAUGACCUGGGCUUGGCUUCAAGCAAAAAGGAAACCCAAGAGAGCAUACAAUCAGGACUUCUGCUAUGAUGCUUUUGUUUCCUACAGUGAAAGAGACUCAGAAUGGGUUGAAAACUUAAUGGUACAGGAACUUGAGAACGCUAUCCCCCCAUUUAAACUGUGCCUUCAUAAACGGGACUUUGUGCCUGGGAAGUGGAUCAUUGACAACAUCAUUGACUCCAUUGAAAAAAGUCAUAAAACUCUGUUUGUGCUGUCAGAGCACUUUGUGCAGAGCGAGUGGUGCAAGUAUGAGCUGGAGUUCUCGCACUUCCGCCUCUUUGAUGAGAAUAAUGAUUCAGCAAUUUUGAUCCUUUUGGAGCCCAUUCAGGAGCAAACAAUUCCCAAAAGAUUCUGUAAACUGAGGAAAAUAAUGAACACAAAGACCUACCUUGAAUGGCCUCUCGACGAAAAUCAGCAACUGAUAUUUUGGUUUAAUUUGAAAACAGCAUUAAAAUGCUAGAAAAGGUCUGUCAAGACUGAGCCAGUAAUGGGUCCACUAUAACAGUCUGAUCCCAUUACAUUUGCAGGAUUAGACUCCUAAAUUUCCCAGAAAGCUGAAAACACUGGAGUUUCUAUGUGGUGUUGUGAAAACAGUUUGUAAUCUUUUUACAUUUUGUUUUGGCCAUUUAUUGUCUCCGCAUUUAAUCUACAGUCAUGGAAUUUGUGUUAAGGAAAUAUACGCAUCGAGGACUUAAAAUUGUUUAGAGAUUUGUACAUGUUGCCUCUACAUACAUGUCUGUAAAAAGGCUGUAGUGCAAGAACAUGCAAAAUCUGGUGCAAUUCUGUAUUCUUUAUAUAAACCAUUUAAAAUCAAA